CUUGUCUUAGAGGCUCACGGAGCAUUGAGGCGACCUGAGCGCGGCGCGCGGGUGGAACAGGACGAGCUUCGCUUAAUUAACGGAGCACGAGCCCUGCAGGAAUGCCAGCGAGGCGCUGCUUGGAGAAGGGGUGCUGAGCCAGCAUGCUAUGAGAUGAACAUAUGAAUAGAAGUACAAAUGGCUGAUCUUAAAGUCCUCUUUUGUGGUCAAGACGUUGUCCAGACCGAUCACCUUGACUGGUCCCUAAAAUACCAGCAAAAUCAUCACUCAGUGUGUGCAGAUGAAAGGGUCCUUUCCAAUGAAGAGUGCUGCCAGGCAUAUCUAGAGGAGAAUGUUAAUGAGGCGAACAGGCUUUCAGAACCAUGGACAGCGACUCUGCCAAUUGGACGACUCUGCAAACUCAAUGAAUGGGGAUUUGAUGAAGAAAUUGAGGUAUGUUACGAUGAGCAGUUUGAAACAGCUUUUCCUGGUGUGGCUGACUUUACUGACCAUAAAGACAGUCAGUUGUUAGCAGAUGAGACCAACUAUGACAACUUCAGUUGGAAUUCUUCCAAAGAUCUCCAAGAAGGCGACCCAGAAUGCUCCCUGCUGUCAGUUGACGAGUUCAUGGUGGAUUCAUCAGAAAAGUCAGUGGAUUAUGGAUUCAUAGGUGCUGUUACCUUUUUAGUUACUGGGAUUUCCUUGGUUGUCAUCUCCUACACGGUCCCACGUGACGUCAAGGUGAAUCCCGAUACGGUUUCUGCCCGGGAGAUGGAGCGGUUGGAGAGAGAGAACGCCCGGGUGGGUGCUCACCUGGACAGGUGUGUGAUUGCAGGACUGUGCCUCCUCACACUCGGUGGUGUGGUACUGUCAACCCUGUUGAUGAUCUCCAUGUAUAAAGGGGAGAUGAUCAGGAGACAAGCAUUUGCUUACUCCAAGCACCAAGCCAGACUCUAUGGCUCUAUGAAUUUUAGAUGUGGUGCGAACCCGACCGGAGCUCCUUCGCUUUUGUCCCUUGAUGAAGAUGAAGGUCCUGUUGAAAUCUUAAGCUGAAGCUGAGAUCAGCAUCUCCAUAUGAAAACAUGAUCAAAACAGCUUUGUUAUACUGUGAUCUAGGAUGACACACUGUAAAACACAGUUUAUAAUACUUAAAAAAACAAUAUUGUUAAUUUAAUAACGUCUAAAUUUACCUUUAAACUACUAUAUUACUGCUAAAUGUGAGUCUAAUAAACUUGACUGCAAUGGGACAAAGCAACAAAAUCCAGUCAGGAUAAAAUUCUACCCCUUUUGCUUCGCAUUUAAUGGACAAAAUGCAACAUACCAACAUGGACUUGAGUCCUGUUUAUGUUAAAGAAUAUAUUUGUGUGAGUCUGUGCAUUUUUCCAAAACAUAUGUUCAUGUAAAUAUACAGCAUG